AACUACAACAUUUCUGGUCCUUCGAACCGGAUGUUCUCAACGAUUCAAAAGACCAUGGAAAACGCCGAAGAUUCAGCAGCAGUUGUAAACGGAAAUGAAAUUCUUCAGCAGGAGCAACCUGUGUACGCCAUCCUGCAAUCAGAACUUGACCGUAUAGUGUCGCAGCGUGAUCACGCAGUGACUCGCUUAGAACAAAUCAUCGCGACAGUAGCAGUUUUCCAAAACGAUGUGGCUCUUCUGGAAACCAGAAGAGAUAUGUUAAAAGACUGUUACCAAAAAUAUGAUCAACAGCAGAGCGCACUGGAACAAGUUAUGCCAGAAGAAGUGGAAAGCCGAACGCAAGUAGAAGUUAAGUAUUUAUCAGGACUAUCAAUGUUUGAAAAACUGAUUAAAGACAAAAGUUCGGAGGGAAACGCUCCUAUCAGCAGAGACUCAGUGCGGUUGCCAACGGUAGACCUUCCGAUCUUCGGUGGUUCCGGCGAGAAUUGGCUGGAGUGGAUUGAUAAAUACAAUUCACUAAUCCAUCGGAGGAACUCAUUGUCAAUAAUUCAAAAAUUCGAGUAUCUUAAACUUUCUCUUCGAGGAGCGGCGCUUGGACUAAUUGAUUCACUACCCACCACCGAAUCAAACUACGCCAUUGCCUACGACCUUCUCAUCCAGCGGUACAAUAACCCCAAACUUCUCAUUCAGAAGCAUACGCGAGAACUAUUCGAGUUGAAUCCAGUGGGUGUGGAAUCAGCUGCGGCCUUGAGAAACUUAUUUGAUUCCGCCCGCAAAAAUCUGAGAUGUCUGCAGAUCCUGGAGCAACCAGUAGAUUCUUGGGAUGCGAUUUUGAUUCAUUUGAUGUCAAAUAAGCUGGAUUCCACGACGCGAAGGGAAUGGGAGUCAUCAGCAUCCGGUACGAAACCACCCUGCUAUGAACAGCUGGAGAAAUUUGUCAUCAACAGGUGCCAAGUGCUAGAUGCAAUGCCACCAAAAGCUAGGCAAACGUUUGAGCCACCGCCAGCGAAACGACCGAGGCCAGAGCUACGUGCACUUACCGUAACUCGGCGAAACGAAACACACGGCUGUUGCGUUUGUGGAAGAGACCACCCAGUAGCUAGUUGCCACAGAUUCAACGCAAAAUCAGUAGAGGAAAAACUAAAAGUAAUCAAACGAUUUGCCCUUUGCUUUAACUGCUUGAAGGCAAACCAUACGGCCGAACUUUGCCGCAACCGGGGGUGUCUUAAAUGCAACAGAAGACACCAUACGUUGAUUCAUCGCGAUAAGCUAGCCAGGGCAACCAGUGCUAACCAUGACCGCAAGGGACAGACGGAGAAUAAGAGUGAGUAAAAAAGUUGAAAGGAUCCAGUCAGUGAUACAUUGUUUUACUUGUCAUUUCUUUUAUCUCAA